AGCCCUUUUGGCUCAUCGCUUCGUCAGUUUCACCCUCGCUCGGCCAAUGUGUUGGGCCGCCAAAGGCGGGCCUUGCUGAAAAGCAGCAGCCGAGUUGUACAAAGUGGAUUCGAGAUGGCGGAACUGGAGAACGACAUGUGCCCCAGCCCCCUCUGCGCCAAGUUUUCUGCCACCAGUGCCGGACCCGUGCGCGAGGAACUUUUAACCGCAAGCCCUGCGGACGUGGAAUGCGCAGACGUGGAGCUUACAGAUGAGACGGGGGAGCCUCCCGAUCCUGAAGACGUGUCCGCCGAGAACGCCUCGGCCGAGGAGAACGACGCCGACGACGCGGCGGCCGACGCCGACGCCUCGGCGGCCACGGAUGCGGAGGGCUUUCCCGCGGGCGCACGGGGGCGGAGGCGGCGGAAGAGGGCGGUGCGUGGCGAGGCGCGGCGAGCGCGGUCCAUGCCGCAAAGAGGGAGGAAAGAAGAGAAGGAGGAGGAGAUCGAAGAGAAGGAGAAGAAGAAGAAGACCUUCCGGCCCUCGCUGCUGCUGAAGAUCCGGCCCACCAACCUUGAAGACGCCAUGGCCAGAUUCUUCGACUCGGACUUCUCCGAGGCGCCAAAGUUCGAGUAUGCCUUCUCCGAUGAGGUGGUCAACAAGGCUUUUGAGGAGAAUUCUAGCGUUUGUUUCGAGCACCUGGGAGCGGCAAAGCGCAUCAUCGACAAGGUGCACAGUGCCUACGGCGGGCCAGAUGCCUUCAUGCAGCGCAUGUACGGGGAGGAGAAGGCGCCAUGUGAAGAGUUGCGCCAGAUGGUGGCCGACUACCUCAAGGAGCACAACGUGGAUGACAAGGUGGAGAUUCGGCUCGUGGAGGGCAUGCUGAGCGCUGCCAACGUGGCGACCAUUGGCGAGGGCAGAUACGCCGUGAACAUCGCGAAUGGGCCGGUGUCCAAGCCUAUCCUCCAAAGCAUUUGCGACCACGAGGUGGGGACACACCUUCUGCGCAUGAUGAACGAUGAGCACCAGGUGUGGCAUGGCUGCCGGGAUCGGUACAAGCUGACCAACCCUUGGAUCACAGAGGAAGGCUUCGCGACCUUGAACACGUAUCUCAGCUUGCCCUGCAAGCUGCUCUACACGCAGGCGGUGCGGUACUGGGCGGUUUGCCGCGGCGCGCAAGUGGGUUUCGUGGAGCUUUUCCGCGAGCUCCGGCAGCAGGUGUCCGAUGUGAAGAGGUGCUGGCAGAUCUGCUGCCGCGUGAAGCGCGGCAUGUUGGACACCUCCCUGCCCGGGGCCUUCUACAUGGACCAGGCGUACUUCAAGGGUGCGGUGGAGAUCCUGAUGCACCUGGAGGAGGUGGACUUUGGCCGCUUGUACGGGGGGCAGAUCGCGCUGCAGGACUUGGACAAGGUCCACUUCCUCCUGCGGAAGGAGGUGGUGCGGCUCCCCUUCUUCCUAAACAGCGCCGAGAAGCUGCAGAAGUACUUGGCGCACUGCAGACAGCUGAUGCAGGAGAACAUGAUCGAAGCCGCACCGGAGCGAGUCUGCAAGCGAGUCUUCGUGAGGACCGCCGCCGAGUUCUUUCGAAAGGAGAAGAAGGUCCUCAAGGCAAGUGUCACAAACUUUGCAGGCUCCGGAAAGCUCGUCUUGGAAGACGAAGAGGCCUCCAGCCCGGCGCCGGCGCCGGCGCCGAGCCCGGCGCCGAGCCCGGCGCCGAGCCCGCCGGAGAAGCCGCCGGAGAGGCCCGAGGAACGCGAAGGGCAGAAACGGCGCAGCAACCUGGCGCGCCUGGCGGAGCUGGCGAUGCCCAAGGAGGUCACAGAGGAGUGUCCCGCGGCCGCGCAGGUCCGUGAGGAGCCUUCGCGUGCCUUGGACCUCGCGCGCCUGUCCGAGCUGGCGCGGCCCAAAGAAAGUGUGGAGGCCGGCCCAGUUGCUCGCGCGGCAGCCCGCGCCGUGCGCUCUGCGGAAGAGCAGCUCGCCCACGCGCGGGAGUUGUCGCGGCCGCGGCGGAAGGAGGACUCGGAGGAGUCGGGCUCCGUGAGCGCGCGGCGCGAGUCAAGGCCUUUGGACCUGGAGCGCCUCAAGUCGCUGGCGGAGCCCCGAAAGGAGCGGGAGGAGGAGAAAGCGCCGGAGGAGACCCAGGAGCGCCGGAGGCGGAAGCGGAAGCGGAGCAAGCUGCGGCUCUUGGCCAUGGUGCAGAUGCGCGCGGAGGGCGAGGCCGAGGCCGAGGCCGAGGCCGAGGCCGAGGAAGGAGAGAGCCAGGAGGAGCGGCUUCUCCCCGUGCGCAACCCGGGCGAGCGCGAGCGGCUUCUCCCCGACGCCAUGCACGCGCUCGAAGAAAGCCCGAAAGUUGGGGCUGAAGGCGGCGUCCCGCACGAGGAGAAGUUCAUGGAAGGCGAGGCUCCAAAAGGCCCCAGCCACGACCCGAGCGAAGGCCGAGGCAAAGGCAGCGAAGGCGUCUCUGGAGGGAGAAGGAGUCAAGGCCAAGGUGGCAGCGAUGGCCCAAAUGAAGGCCGGAUCCGCCCUGCCCCGACCCGGCUAAUGCGCAUUGCCAAGCAGGCGCUGGCUGCGGCUGCCCUCAAGGGGUCCGCUGCCACGCGCGAAAACUCCAAGGUUUCGGUGCCCAUUAAGACGGUGCAGUUGGAGUUGGGCUUCUGAAGGUGCUCUUCGGUGCGCUGACUCGAGAGAUGUUUCACCGCUGGACUUGCUCCAGAGUCGCGCCGGAGGUCCCAAGACAGCCGCUGAGUUUUCGGUUUGGCGGGU